AAAUAAUGGCACACCAAUAGAGAAACGCAAGGGGGUAUUAGGCAGUAGGCACACCACGUUCCAUAUUCCUCCUUUGCCAUCCAUUUAGCUGCCUUCACCGUUUGCACAAAGCCAACUAUUUUGUUCGCCAAGAACGCUCUUCUGAAGUGAAAUGGCGUCGUUUGCAGAAGCACCGGCUGGAAACAAGGCUGCAGGAGAGAAAAUAUUCAAGACCAAGUGCGCUCAGUGUCACACCGUUGAGAAAGGGGCUGGCCAUAAACAAGGACCUAACCUGAAUGGCCUCUUUGGAAGGCAGUCUGGAACUACACCUGGUUAUUCCUACUCUGCUGCUAACAAGAACAUGGCUGUUAUUUGGGAAGAAAAGACUCUGUAUGAUUACCUGCUGAAUCCCAAGAAGUACAUACCUGGAACGAAGAUGGUUUUCCCAGGACUGAAGAAGCCACAAGAGCGUGCUGACCUUAUUGCAUACCUGAAGGAGUCCACAGCAAACUGAGUGCUUGGUCUAUGUUCUGUCCAUUUCUCCAUUUUGCAAUUGAGAGGCAUAGUUUGCCUGAGCAGGGAAAAAACACGUAUUCUUUGUAAUAAAUUCUUGGGAUAACUUUGUAAUUUACUAGAGAUCCCAAUAUUAUUUCCUCUUGAGAGAGGUCAUUCUUCUUGUUACUGGAAAUUCAAGUUGAGCUUGAGUACAGUCUGUUA